UGUUAGCAGAGUGCAGUACCUGCAGAUAAUUAGCUAUGGGCAAGAACGCAACGCAAACAAAUCUACCUGCUCAUCACCAACAACGUAAUCCGCCACUCUAUGGAGCACACGCGAGCAGCCAUCUCCGUAUAGCACUGUUCUUUAUUGCUGGUAGUAUUGCGGCAUGGUUUUUUCAUAUCUUCACUUCCUCGACUUGGAAUUGGAACCUACGGCAGAUCCGCCACUUCUCCAUAGCCCACAAUCAUCAGACUCAGAAUGAGUUCGCGCUGUAUUCCGUAGAGGAGAUGAACAGUUUCAAGGAGUUUUACUUCAAAAAUAUCCGUGAAGAUGUCCGGACUAUUUCAAUGGAGGAAGAGCAGACAAAUAUCAAAGAGGCGCUAGUGGCUCUUCAAAGGGCCCACGACAUGUAUCUGGCGGACAAGAUUGACAAGGCUGGUCGUCUGUUUGAACAUGCCCUAAUUCUAGCUCCCCGGCACCCUGAAGUACUGCUCCGCUACGGCGAGUUUCUAGAGCACAGCCAACACAACGUUGUGCUGGCGGAUCAAUACUACUUUCAGGCCUUGACUAUCAAUCCGACUAAUGUAGAGGCGAUUGCCAAUAGACAGCGAACUGCUAAUGUUGUGCAGAUUCUUGAUGAGCGCCGUCUUGAGUCGUUGGACUCAAAACGCGAUGCACUCUCCGCAAUCCACGAGACCAACGCCGCCCUGCGUCGGGCUAAAAAGGAAGCCUACUUUCAGCACAUUUACCAUUCGGUAGGAAUCGAGGGUAAUACUAUGACGCUGGCUCAAACGAGGUCUGUCCUAGAGACUCGCAUGGCUGUGGACGGCAAAUCUAUUGACGAGCAUAACGAGAUCUUGGGAAUGGACCUAGCUAUGAAGUACAUUAAUGCUAGCCUGGUACAAAAAAUAGAAAUCACUAUUAAAGACAUCCUUGAGCUGCACCGCCGAGUACUAGGACAUGUGGACCCAAUUGAGGGUGGAGAGUUCCGGCGUACUCAAGUGUUCGUCGGGGGUCAUAUACCACCUGGUCCGGGGGACCUUUCGCAAUUAAUGCUGCACUUUCAGCGUUGGAUAAACUCUGAUCACUGCAAGUUUCUACAUCCCGUUAAGUUCUGUCUCAUCCACAGUUAUGCAGCGCUCGCUCACUACAAGCUCGUAGCCAUUCAUCCUUUCAUCGACGGGAACGGACGAACUUCUCGUUUGCUAAUGAACACCUUGCUAAUGCGAGCAGGGUACCCGCCUGUCAUUAUUCCAAAGCAACAACGUAGCAAGUACUACUACUUCCUGAAAUUGGCCAACGAGGGCGACAUUCGGCCAUUUGUACGGUUUGUCGCCGACUGCACGGAAAAAACACUGGACCUGUACCUAUGGGCAACUAGCGACCUUCCUCAACAGAUUCCAUUGCUUAUCCAGACAGAAAAUGAAGCAGACGAGUAGCAAACUAAUAUGUAAUUUCCUUUUAGCGCGAAUUAAAGUUAAUUUAUUUGUGUAUGCUACGAAUCCAAAACUGUGUGUAAAAUACUGAUUUGUAUAUACUAGAUGUAGAUUUACUGACAAAUACUGUGAUCAUAUUUAAGCUCAAUGUUAUCCAUAAAUUUCACACAAAUGUCAUUACUUACCCUACAAAACAAAUACUUCUGAAAAUA